AAAAUAACGAUUACGAUGCUAUUAUUAAUUUACGAAAUUUUGGUAUCUAUUGGCAGUUCCACUUCAAAUAUAGUGGACGUAGCGCUAGGUGCAGUCAGUAAAAACUACAAUCCGAGGAAAAUCACGCUCGUAUCUUGGAGAAAUGACGCACCGAGUGAGGCCACGGAGUUCCUGGCUUCCUACAGUGGCUCCGUGCUGACCGUGGACCUCGCGGACAGCCACGCCAGCCGGGCCUGCCACCAACACGUGCUGUUCGCUACCGAUGCUGAGGAUUAUGAAACACUUCUGGUAAUGAUCAAGCCUGACCAGGUCGAGCCCAUCAAGGUGAUCCUAGUGUUGCUAGAUGACAAUGUAGAUGAAGCUAAACUACUCAGUAUUACUAAAGCGAGCUGGGAGGCUGAUGUCAGCGAUUUAGCUAUUGUAACGCGUGGUGGCGACGGGAAUGUAAAAGUUACAACCUAUUUUCCUAAUAAUAGCCAAAGAUGUCAUGAUUAUCGACCAGUCACAACAAAUGCUGGCGACGUCAGUGAAUUCUUUCCUGAGAAGUUCAGGAACUUCCACGGCUGCCCGCUGCGGGUGUCGCUCAUCGAGCACGCGCCGUUCAACAUCUUUACUAAUUCGAACGGAAUAUUCAAGAUCGACGGUAUAGAAGGGAACUUUGUGACCCUCUUGUGCGAUAUUUUGAACUCAACCUUAGUACCAGUAUUUCCCGCGGAAAAGUCAUUCGGAGUCUUGAAAGACGGAGUUUGGACAGGAAUCAUGGCGGACCUGGUGUACAACCGCGCGGAUAUUUCCGCAUCGUCUGCGAUCUUCACCGUGGAGAGGUUCAAGGCGGUCCAGGUCACUCACGCGUACAAGCACCUGGACCUGGUGUGGUGCCUGCCGCGGGUGUCCACGCGCCGCGCGUGGGCCCGCGUGCUGCUGCCGCUGCUCUCGUGCACCACGGCGCUGGUGUGUCUCACGGCCGCCGUGUUCCUCUCGGUGGCGGCAGUUUUCAAUAAAAUAUCAAUUCGGAACUGUGAAGAACAGGCUCCCAAGUUGUCGGUGCUGCAGACGUGCGCGGUGUUCCUGGGCCAACCGGUGCGCUGGGCGCGCGCGGGCGGCGUGCUGGACCGGCUGCUCGCGCUGUGGCUGUGGUUCUGCCUGGUGGUGCGCAUCGUGUACCAGGGCGAGCUGGUGCGCAGCCUGGAGCGCGGCGCCCCCCCGCCCCGCGUGCCCACCCUCGCGCGCGCGCUGCAGCUCGUCGACCAGUACGGAGGCGCCGACUCCGUCGCCACUUUCUACAGAAACACGACCAUCUUGAAGAAGUUUAAGGUGUUACGUUUGGAUGAGGUGCACCCCAUGUUGGGGGACAUAGGUAGGGGGAGGAGGUUCCUGCUGGCGGUGGACCUGUGGAGCGUGCUGCAGAGCGGCGCGGCGGUGGCGGUAGUGGAGGAGCGGGUGGCGCGCGCGCCGGUGGGCGUGCUGGCGCGGGCGCGCUGGGCGGGCGCGGGCGCGCUGCGGGCGGCGGCGGCGCGCGCCGUGGGGGCCGGCCUGUACCGCCGCCUCGUGGCCGACUACACGUGGCGCCACCUGCUCCACGCCGCCCCCGCCGCCGACCUCACCUACUCGGCGCUCACGCUGCACCACCUCAGCGGCUGCUUCUUCAUACUCCUCAUCGCCGCAUUCGCGUGCUUCUUAGUCUUCCUCGCAGAGAUACUUUGGUUUCAUUUCAAACAAAAGGCUAAGAAAAAAAUUAGUGGCCAUGUUUUACUACCAUUUGUCCAUUAAUUAAG